AUGGCCUCCCUCUCGCGCACCCUGCGCCCUUUGACGCGCACAGUUGCUUCUGGGCUCUCGACCUCGACGAGAACCACUCCCGCCCGGUCUCUUCAACACAUCCCUCGAGCAUUCUCUACAACCCCCCGCCGACGAGAUGUAGAUCUAACCGAUCUCACACCAACGCCGAUUUCCCAUCUCACAGAAACCGAGUCCCUGAUGGCAGAGACCGUAUCCAAAUUCGCGCAAGAACAAAUCGGACCCAAAGUACGAGACAUGGACGAGGCAGAGGCUAUGGACCCCACAGUUGUCGAACAGCUCUUCGAACAGGGACUGAUGAGCAUCGAGAUCCCGGAAGAGUACGGUGGAUCGGGAAUGAAUUUUACAUCUGCAAUCAUCGCCAUUGAAGAACUUGCCCGCGUCGAUCCUAGUGUUAGUGUUAUGGUGGAUGUGCACAAUACCUUGGUAAACACCGCGGUGAUGAAAUACGGCAGCGCGGAGGUACAGCGUACAUGGCUACCGCAAUUAGCCUCAGGCACAGUAGGCUCGUUCUGUCUUUCUGAGCCGGCUUCGGGCUCCGAUGCGUUUGCGCUCCAGACCAAGGCCGAAAAGACUGCUGAUGGAUACAAGAUCAAUGGCUCCAAAAUGUGGAUCACAAACUCCAUGGAGGCGGGGUUCUUUAUUGUGUUUGCCAACAUUGACCCUAGCAAAGGCUACAAGGGUAUCACUGCGUUCAUUGUAGAGAAGGGCACGCCUGGAUUUAGCAUUGCCAAGAAGGAGAAGAAGCUCGGUAUUCGCGCAAGCAGCACUUGUGUUCUCAACUUUGACGAUGUUGAGAUCCCCAAGGCCAACCUUCUAGGCGAAGAGGGCAAAGGAUACAAGAUUGCUAUUGGCAUUUUGAAUGAAGGCCGUAUUGGUAUUGCUGCUCAAAUGACUGGUUUGGCUCUUGGUGCAUGGGAGAAUGCUGCUGGAUACGCCUGGAAUGACCGCAAACAAUUCGGCCAAUUGAUUGGCGACUUCCAAGGUAUGCAGCACCAAAUCGCACAGGCAUAUACCGAAAUCGCCGCAGCACGUGCUUUAGUUUAUAAUGCCGCGCGCAAGAAGGAAGCCGGACAAGAUUUUGUCAUGGACGCCGCUAUGGCUAAACUCUAUGCAUCCCAAGUUGCUGGAAGGGUUGCAGGCUCUGCUGUCGAAUGGAUGGGUGGUAUGGGCUUUGUACGUGAGGGUAUUGCAGAGAAGAUGUUCCGGGAUAGCAAGAUUGGUGCUAUUUACGAAGGAACCAGCAAUAUUCAGUUGACGACGAUUGCUAAGCAGUUACAAGCUAAAUACACCAAGUAA